GGUCGGCCGCAGCGCACUGUCUGAGGGCGGACGGACGGCGACGGACGCGGGGGACGGCAGCCGAGCCAGGCUACCUAGAGAGCGAGCGGGUCAGGCUCAGCGUCGGCCACUCAGUCGGUCCGCUGAAUGAAGUGCCCGCCCCGCUGAGUCCCGAGUCCGGCGCUUUCCCCCGCAAGAUGGACGGUUUCGCCGGCAGCCUCGAUGAUAGUAUUUCUGCUGCAAGUACUUCUGAUGUUCAGGAUCGCCUAUCAGCUCUUGAGUUACGAGUUCAACAACAAGAAGAUGAAAUCACUGUGCUGAAGGCAGCCUUGGCUGAUGUUUUGAGGCGGCUCGCAAUUUCUGAAGAUCAUGUAGCCUCAGUGAAAAAGUCGGUCCCAAGUAAAGGCCAGCCAAACCUUCGAGAAGCUAUUUCUAUGUCCUGUAUAACCAAUGGCAGUGGUGGAAACCGAAAAUCUAGUCAUACCAGCUCUGUCUCAAUUGCAAGAAAAGAAACUUUUUCAUCUGCUGCUAAAAGUGGUACAGAAAAAAAGAAAGAGAGACCACAAGGACAGAGAGAAAAAAAAGAGGAAUCUCAUUCUAAUGAUCAAAGUCCACAAAUUCGAGCAUCACCUUCUCCCCAGCCCUCUUCACAACCUCUACAAAUACACAGACAAACUCAAGAAAGCAAGAAUUCUGCUCUCACCAAAAGUUCAGUGCUGUUAAGUUCUCUGGAGGAGCAAAACCAUAUCUCAUGGGAAAAUUCAGAUGAUAGUCAUGAUAGAUUGUUAAGACCUAAGCAGCAAAGCUUUGGAAAUUUCUUCAGGCAUAAAGAUGUCAUCAUAAACCAAGAAGGAGAAUAUAUUAAAAUGUUUAUGAGAGGACGGCCAAUCACAAUGUUCAUUCCUUCUGAUGUUGACAAUUAUGAUGACAUCAGAACAGAACAGCCUCCUGAGAAGCUUAAACUGGAGUGGGUAUACGGUUAUAGAGGGAAGGACUGUCGAGCUAAUGUUUACCUUCUUCCUACUGGGGAAAUAGUUUAUUUCAUAGCAUCAGUAGUUGUACUAUUUAAUUAUGAGGAAAGAACUCAGCGACACUACCUGGGUCAUAAAGACUGCGUGAAAUGCCUUGCUGUACAUCCUGACAAAAUUAGGAUUGCAACUGGACAAAUAGCUGGAGUGGAUAAAGAUGGAAGGCCUCUGCAACCCCAUGUCAGAGUGUGGGAUUCUGUUAGUCUGUCCACACUACAAGUUAUUGGCCUUGGAACUUUUGAGCGUGGAGUAGGAUGCCUGAGUUUUUCAAAAACAGACUCCGGUGUCUAUUUAUGUGUUAUUGACGACUCCAAUGAACAUAUGCUUACUGUGUGGGACUUGCAGAAAAAAUCAAAAGUAGCAGAAAUAAAGACAACAAAUGAAGUUGUUUUGGCUGUUGAGUUCCAUCCAACAGAUGCAAAUACCAUAAUAACAUGUGGCAAAUCUCAUAUUUUUUUCUGGACCUGGAGCGGCAAUUCACUCACAAGAAAACAGGGAAUUUUUGGGAAAUAUGAAAAACCAAAAUUUGUGCAGUGUCUAGCAUUCUUGGGAAAUGGAGAUGUUCUUACUGGAGACUCAGGUGGAGUCAUACUUAUAUGGAGCAAAACUACUGUAGAACCCACAACUGGGAAAGGACCUAAAGGUGUGUAUCAAAUCAGCAAACAAAUCAAAGCUCAUGAUGGCAGUGUGUUCACAUUUUGUCAGAUGAGAAAUGGAAUGUUGUUAACUGGAGGAGGGAAAGACAGAAAAAUAAUUCUGUGGGAUCAUGAUCUGAAUCCUGAAAGAGAAAUAGAGGUUCCGGAUCAGUAUGGAACUAUUAGAGCUGUAGCAGAGGGAAAAACAGAUCAAUUUUUAGUAGGCACUUCACGGAACUUUAUUUUACGGGGAACAUUUAAUGAUGGCUUCCAAAUAGAAGUACAGGGUCAUACAGAUGAACUAUGGGGUCUUGCCACACAUCCCUUCAAAGAUUUGCUCUUGACAUGUGCUCAGGACAGGCAGGUGUGCAUGUGGAACUCAGUGGAGCACAGGCUGGAAUGGACCAGACUUGUAGAUGAACCAGGACACUGUGCAGAUUUUCAUCCAAGUGGCACAGUGGUGGCCAUAGGAACGCACUCAGGCAGGUGGUUUGUUCUGGAUGCAGAAACCAGAGAUCUAGUCUCUAUCCACACAGAUGGAAAUGAACAGCUCUCUGUGAUGCGCUACUCAGUAGAUGGUACCUUCCUGGCUGUAGGAUCUCAUGACAACUUUAUUUACCUCUAUAUAGUCACAGAAAAUGGAAGAAAAUAUAGCAGAUAUGGAAAGUGCACUGGACAUUCCAGCUAUAUCACACACCUUGACUGGUCUCCAGACAACAAGUUUAUAAUGUCUAACUCAGGAGACUAUGAGAUACUAUACUGGAACAUUCCAAAUGGCUGCAAGCUGAUCAGGAAUCGGUCGGAAUGCAAGGACACUGAUUGGACAACAUACACCUGCGUGCUAGGCUUUCAUGUCUUCGGUGUCUGGCCAGAAGGAUCCGAUGGAACAGAUAUCAAUGCACUGGUGCGAUCCCACAACAGAAAAGUAAUAGCUGUUGCUGAUGACUUUUGCAAAGUCCAUCUGUUUCAGUAUCCUUGCUCCAAACCAAAGGCACCCAGUCACAAGUACAGUGCCCACAGCAGCCAUGUCACCAAUGUCAGUUUUACUCAUAACGACAGUCAUCUGAUUUCAACUGGUGGCAAAGACAUGAGUAUCAUUCAAUGGAAGCUUGUGGAGAAGUUAUCUUUGCCUCAGAAUGAGAUUGUAGCUGAUACUACUCUACCCAAAGCCCCUGUCUCCUCCAUUGAGAGUGCCGUGCAGUCUGAUACUCCCACACCGCCUCCUUCCCAGCCCUUAAAUGAGAUUGUAGAAGAAGAAAGUCGAAUCAGCAGUUCUCCCACACCUGUGGAGAACAGCCUGGACCAGACUGUGGAGCCAAGUGAAGACCACAGUGAGGGGCAGAGUGAUAGGGGCAGCGAAGACCUCGGCGAUGCUGUUUGUGAAGAGCCUCCCCAGGAGACAAGUGAGGGGCAGAGUGAGGCCAGCCUUCCAGAGGACCCGCAAAACCACUCACCCCUCUCCUAG